CUUCCCUCAGGGCUCAGAGUCGCGAUACUUUCAAGAGACAUUAUACAUUGAUAUGUAUAGAUGAAGUACAGUUGAGAGAAUAAGGACUUUCUGAUCCUGUGCACGUAUGCAACGAUUAAAUCUAGUCUUUUCAUUUCACAAGAAGCCUGGUUGGCAGAUAUUUUACUUAGUCACUGGUGGCUGUGGCCUGUUCUAGCUUCGCCUUUGGGCGUGGCAUGCUGCGCACGCUGACGGGGCUCACCUCAUCUGGCCGGCGUCUGAGUUCCACGCUGGCGAUGGGGGCCACAGUCAAGCAGCGCUGCGACUCGAUCCGGCAGUCUGCCGAGGACCGGCGCCGACACCGCGGUCUCCUGCUGGCCAACAACCUGCGCGUCCUGCUUGUCAGCGACCCAGAGGCCGACAAGGCGGCCGCCGCCAUGGCCGUCCAGGUCGGCCACCUCUCGGACCCGCAGGACGUCGAGGGCUUGGCUCACUUCUGCGAGCACAUGCUCUUCAUGGGUACCAAAAAGUAUCCCAAUGAGGCCGAGUACACCAAGUUUCUAAACGACCACGGUGGUAGCAGCAACGCGUACACGUCCAACGAUGAAACGAACUAUCACUUUGACGUUGCGCCGGAACAUUUCAAGGGCGCGCUGGACCGGUUCGCUCAAUUCUUCAUCUCUCCUCUGUUUGAUGAAAGCAGCACUGAGCGCGAAAUGAACGCCGUGCACUCGGAACACGAGAAAAACGUGGCCAACGACCAGUGGCGACUGAUGCGGGUUCAGUCGAGCACGUUGCGACCUGGUCACCCACACUGCAAGUUCAGCACGGGGAACCGCGAGACCCUCAACCAGCCGGACGUGCGUGAGCGGCUGCUGCAAUUCCACCAUGAGUGGUACUCGUCUAAUAUCAUGGGCCUGGUGAUGGUCGGCAAGGAGUCACUGGACGAGCUCGAGGAAAUGGCCGUCAGUCUGUUCUCUGGCGUUGAAGAUAAGUCCGUGGAGGCUCCCACGUGGCCCGAGCAUCCUUGCGGCCCCGACGAAGUUGGGAAGUGUGUGCGCGUCACACCCAUCAAAGAGCUUCGCAAGCUGAAGCUUCAAUUCCCCGUGCCGGACCUGCAUCCGUGGUAUCAUACUGACCCGGGCCACUACGUCGGCCACUUGGUCGGGCACGAGGGUCCAGGGAGCCUGUUUGCCGAGCUGAAACGGCGGGGAUGGGCUAACUCCCUUAUCGGGGGCCCCUGUGCUCCCGUCCGUGGCUACCAGUUCAUCAACAUCAGUAUCGACCUGACCGAAGAGGGUGAGCGAUGCGUUGAUGAAGUGGCCGACCACGUAUUCCAGUACCUGGCCAUGCUGAGGGAGAGAGGGCCACAAGAGUGGGUGUUCGAGGAGUGUCGUCAGCUGCGUGAGAUGUCGUUCCGCUUCAAGGACAAGGAAAAGCCAACAAACUACGCUACUAACCUGGCAACGCUGCUGUACUACUAUCCGAUGGAAGAAGUUCUUUCUGCGGAAUACAUCACGGACAAGUACGACCCAGAGGUGCUAAAAAAGGUGACUGACCUCUUGAAUCCCGACAACGUGCGCAUGAUUCUAGUUGGAAAGGUGUACGAGUCCGAGUGUGAUUCUACUGAGCGUUGGUAUGGAGUGCAGUACAACGUUCAAGACAUUCCGGAAACUACCCUGGAAAGAUGGCGCAACAUAGAGUCCAACGCUGCGCUGCACUUGCCAGAGCCAAACGAGUUCAUCCCCUCAGACUUUGACAUAGUGGAGCGGGACGCAGAGGCGCCGAAGGUGCCCGUCAUGAUCUCCAACACGCCACUCUGCCGUGUGUGGUUCAAGCAGGACGACACGUUCAAGCUGCCCAAGUCCAUCGUCAAGGUUGAGCUCUUCAACCCACUGGCCUACUCGGAUCCACAUAUGGUCAACGUGACACAGCUCUUCACGAUGCUCUUCAAAGACGCCUUGAACGACUACGCUUAUGCAGCAAGCGUGGCUGGCGUCCGCUACAACUUGGGGCUCAGCCGGCGCGGCAUGAUGAUGGAGGUGGCUGGGUUUAGUCACAAACUUGACGUUCUUCUGCGCAAAGUCAUGGACGUGCUGGUCGACUUUAAAGUUGACCGAGAGCGCUUUGACAUUCUGAAGGAGAAGUACCUGCGGUCCUUGCGCAACUUCUCAGCGGAACAGCCGUAUGUUCACGCCGCUCACAAGAUGCAUGUCGUUCUCUCGGAGAAGUACUGGGAGGAUGAAGAUCUGUUGGAGGUUGCUGACGAACUGACGGCGGAGGCCGUGGAACGUCUUCUACCGCUGCUGCUCAGCAAGCUUCAUCUCGAGUGCCUUCUGGAGGGAAAUCUGACUCGCGAUCGUGCCUUAGAGCUCGUGCAGGUCGUCGAGACACGACUGCGCGAUGGGUUUGGCACACGUCCGAUACCUGCAGCUCUACAGACUAUUGAUCGCGAGACGAUGCUAGAUGAUGGCAAGUAUUACAUGCUUCAGAAGUCCAACAAGGUUCACAAGAGUUCCAGCAUUGACGUCUAUUAUCAGUGUGGCCUCCAGAGUGUGCGUGACAACACAUUGCUGGACUUGCUGGUUCAGAUGCUGAACGAACCAUGCUUCGAUCAGUUACGUACCAAGGAGCAGCUAGGCUACAUUGUGUUCUGCACUGUCCGUCGCUCGACGUCUACACAAGGCCUGCGGGUCAUCGUCCAGUCGGACAAGCCACCUGAAUACGUUGACCGGCGUAUCGAGGCCUUCCUGCACAGCAUGGUGGAUCACCUGCGCGACAUGAGCUCCGAGGAGUUCUCCAACCACAAGGAGGCUCUCAAGACACGCAAGCUGGAGAAGCCCAAGAACCUGGUGGAAGAGUUCACACGGCACUGGGACGAAAUCGUGAUUCGACAGUACUGCUUCGGUCGUGAGCUGGAUGAGGUGGAGCAACUGAAGACCGUAGAGCGCGAGGAACUACUCAAGUUCUUUGAGACGCACAUCUGUCACACGGCGCCGAGGCGCCGCAAGCUGGCCUCACACGUGCUGUCGACGCUGUGUGAGGACUUGUCGCCGUGCCUGCCAGAUGGUCUCUGUGCGCCGCCAGUCUACCAGGACGCCGAAGAAAUCAUGAACGUCCCUGCGUUCAAAGCGAUUCACGGACACUUCCCACACGUGCCUCCGGCUGUCGAUGUCACCGUGGCUUCCCCGCAGGCGAAGCUGUGAGGCUGACUCCCACCGGCGAGCUAGUUCAAGCGGCAUCUUGCACCUCGUGGGUGCCUUCUACGACUCUAGUCAUACUCUUCGAGUGUGACCUAACGACCUCCGUUAUUUGCUUUCACCGUUCGGACAAUCAUUCAUUUAUGGCGUGCGUGUGUGAUGAUAAGUGUCAUGCGGUCGAACAUCAUUUUUGUCAGGUGAUUUUGAGGCCAACAUCAUAGUGUGGCAUGCGUGCUCGCGUCUUACCCGCCAGUAAUUAGUAGCUCCGCCCAUUCGACUGGUGUGCUCCUCUAAUAAUUGAAAGAAAAUACCUCUUGGUGAAGGCUGGGAAUCAAAUUGUUAAUGCUGCUUGGUAGGGGUUAUGCUGUGUUUAAACAAGUGAUUUUAUCCGUUAGGAGAUAAAAGUCGUAAUUUUUAAUACCAGGGGCCUUUUGUACUCGUUCAUUGGGUCCAUGAUUGCGGCUGGUUUCUAUGCGUUUAGCAUAUUGUUUCGUAAUUAUUUUGUUGCUCGCGGCUUCUCCAGUGAGUUUAGUUACUGACAGUCCCUUAAAAUUUGUACAGAUUUGCUCUCCCCUGAUAGCAUAACGGCAUGACGCGAUACAAAGAUCAACGCAGCUCAGCGCCUCUGGUAUAUGUUGACAUUGCAGUACAAAUAUUGCUAAUCGCCCACCCGAAAAUAAUUCUCAGAUAUUGCGCUGUUGGUAACUGCGGUUGCUGCGACCUCAAAUCACCAGUAGCUGUAGUCCAGCGUUGUGAAGCCUUGCGGACAUGCUCCGUGGCUCGUGUCAAUAUCGUCCGUUUGGGGUAUUUUGCGUCUGGUGCGCUUGAAACAAGUACCUAGGGGAAAGUGGGGUAAGACGGACACCUUAACUUUGGAGCCAUUUUUCGGCCGGUUAGAAACAUCAUAGAAACGGGAAACUGAGUGAAAACCUCUUUUAGACAUUUUACUUUCAUUUGCCAGAAGAUGAGACUUAGACCUGAUUCAACAAAUAAACUGCAGCUAUUUUUGCAAAACCUUGCAAAAACCCGUCUUACCCCACCCCAUGGGGUAAGACGGUCACAUGGGUAGGGCAAGACGGCCAGCUUCUUUCACCGACCAGUACAGCUCGCAACAAAUGCCCGAAAUUAGCUGCAUUGAUACAGUCGCUCGUUGGUCUCAAGUGCCUCGGAAAUGGCAGUAUACAAGAUUUGUGCAGAAGGCGUAUGCUCGUAUAUAGGCCCUAGAUCAGAAGUCAUGUAGAACCGUUUUUCACAUUCAUCAUUCGAGAAUAAACUGUGCCGAAGGAAUAUUGCUAACAUGUCUGUGAGUAUCGGAAUCGAAGAUAUUCUUAUAAGAAAUGCUUCUUUUUUUCCUACAGCAACAAAAAUAUUUUCACCAUUACAGACCCAUUGGAUUCAUAGUUGCCCGUCUUACCCCUAACUCAAUGUAAGAAGUUCAGCACAAUUUUUCUCUGUGGACAAUUUGAUGCAGACAAAGCAAAUCCGCGGUAAAUGAACACUGGUGGCAUAUGAGUGUACCACAAGUGAUUGCGAGUUUUUAGCUGUAUAGUGCUGCACACAAAAACUUGCACAAUACAUUAUGGAUGUUUUCAAUGAAAUUAGUGUUUUAAAGAAAUCAAAAUAAAAGAUUAUCGACUGAACACAAAAUCACCAAACUUCAAUGGUGGUGUGUAGUGGGAAAGACAAUUCUGGUCCUAAUUUUUCUCGCUCGUAGCGCUAUUGGUUUGGUCUGCAGAAGGGGUGCCCGUCUUACCUACCCUGACCGUCUUACCCCACUUUCCCCUACUUGAUUCGGUUGUUUCUUGUCUGUUUAGCCAUGUCGACGAGGCACAUUUUUGUUGGCUGUUAAACGGCCGUGGAUUAUGCUUAUGACAAGGUACCUAAUGAAUGAAUAAAGUCACGAACACCUCAA